AUGAGCUUGCCUAGGGUUGUGCCGGAGGGCGGUCGGGUGAUCGCAGGGCAGUUCGUGAGCGAGGGCAUCACUGUAUCAGUCCCAAUUUACACUCUACUGCGAGAUGUCGAGGUUUUCAAGGAUACUGAGACAUUCCGACCUCAGCGCUGGAUUGAUGGAAAUAAGGAGAAGAUGCUUAAGGCUCACCUUUCAUUCAGUACGGGACCUCGAGCAUGCAUUGGCAGAAACAUUACCUACUUUGAGCAGCUCAUGCUCAUCUCAUUUCUGGUACGAAACUUCGAUUUUGCUCUAGCUUCACCCUGCCAUGAGUUCAGGGUCUUGGAGCGGUUCAAUUCUAACCCAGACGAACUCUUCCUUUUUUGCAGACUUCGUGAUAUUAAGGUAGCUCAUACUACAGACUGCCACUUCCUUAGCAACGAUCAUUUGAUAGUUCGCAAUUCUUACCGAUUAAGUUUCUUCGUUAGCUGGAAGCUCCAGCCGAGACGUCGAAGUGUCACAACUAUGUCAACCCCAACCUGCCCUUUAUUUCUCCUCCGCAGUAGCUGCGAGUGUGUCAAAGAGCACAUGCAGGCUUUUGGAAGAAAGUAG